AUGCAGAGCCGUACCAUGAAACACGAAACUGCCUUACCCAUUACUCCACCUAGCACGGUGGAAAAAAAGCCUCAAGUGGGGGAUCGUUGUGAUGAGCGUUUAAAGCCAAGAAAGUUGCUAUCGCAAUUGAAGAAGAGUGUCAGUAGCAGGAAACCAAGAUUGAAGUAUAGGCCUGUAUUGAACUCUGUGUUUGAUCUGGACGCCUUCAUGGAUUCCAAGCUCUCCUGUACGUCGCCAAACCAUCAUAUGGACCGCGAUGCUAGUUUCAUUAAAUAUGCAUUGAGUUAUAGUAAAAGAAUGGUGGUGGUUAGCGGUGCAGGCGUGUCAGUUGCUGCAGGGAUACCAGAUUUCAGAUCGAGUGAAGGUGUUUUCUCUACAGAGAACGGUGGUUCUGGUAAGGAUUUAUUUGAUUACAACCGUGUGUAUGGAGACGAAUCAAUGAGUGUUAAAUUCAAUCGGUUAAUGGUUUCGCUGUUCAAGUUGUCGAAUGAUUGUCUGCCCACACGAUUUCAUGAAAUGCUCAACGGUUUUGCGAAAGAUGGAAGACUUUUAAGGUUGUACACUCAGAACAUUGAUGGUUUGGACACUCAAUUACCUCAUUUGGCAACAAAUGUUCCUUUGGCAAAGCCAAUACCGAGUACAGUACAGUUGCACGGAAGCAUAAAACAUAUGGAAUGUAACAAAUGUCUAAAUGUCAAACCUUUUGACCCUGAAAUAUUCAAAUGCGACGACGGAUAUGAUUCACGAACUGAAAUUAUACCGUCAUGUCCACAGUGUGAAGAAUUUGAAACGGUGAGGAGAAUUGCGGGUUUAAGAUCCACUGGCGUGGGUAAAUUACGUCCAAGGGUAAUCUUAUACAAUGAGAUUCAUCCUGAGGGCGAUUUCAUUGGUGAAAUUGCUAAUAACGAUUUGAAGAAAAGACCAGAUUGUUUAAUUGUUGUUGGUACAAGUUUGAAGAUUCCCGGUGUGAAAAAUAUUUGCAGACAGUUUGCAGCCAAAGUUCAUGCAAACAAGGGUAUUGUGCUAUAUUUGAACACCAGUAUGCCCCCUAAGAACAUAUUGGAUUCAUUGAAAUUUGUAGACUUGAUUGUGCUGGGAGACUGUCAACAUAUUACUUCAUUGCUAUAG